UCAAGCAGAUCAGUCCAGUCUACGCCUGCUAUCUGCAUCAGCGAAUCGCUUGAUUGCCUCUCUCUAGUGCGUUUUUUUGCACUCGAAGUUCUUGUUCUUCACGGUAGACAAUUCGAGCAGCUUGUUUGCCGAUUCCGCUUCGGAAGGUGACUACGUGAGAUAUUUGAUUUCUCGCUUGGGAUACGCAGCCCACCUUCGGUGUUCAGCGAUGAGUCUAUUCAGCCUCGUGAUGCCUCCUGAGAUCAAGGAGCAACAGCUCGAAGUCAUGGAGUGUAUCGGAUGCCACAUUAUUUACCCAUCUGGUCGAUUUACCAAAGAACGAGUGGAGACCGCAAUAACUAAGCCAGUUAAAAAAGGACUGACAUUUAGAGUGUUCAUGUACAGACCCGAUACUAACACGAAAGCCGAGGUCAGAUUACAUAGCGAAAAGACAUGGUGGGUAAAGACAGAUGUUAACGGAAACAAUGUAAGAUGGCAUUAUGAUGCAGUAGGUGGCGAAAAGUAUGACCUGGAGUUUCCAGGUUCACCUAAAUUUCAAACUGGGUUUUUCUCCCUCGCUAUUGAGGCAGACGAACCAAACGUUCGAGCAAUCUUCAACCGUAUACAAACCGAAUGGAAGGAUAUGAAAGCUAUAGAGGCUCGCGAUUGGAAAAGCGUCUUGCAGGCCUAUGACUGCAUUAUACUAUCAAUACACUUGUCAUACGAAACGUUUAAUGCUGAAAGAAAAGCCUCAGGAUUGGGACAAUUUUAUGCUCUCCCAUGUGCCACAUUCAAGAUUGGCAGCUCUUUCAUCUACACAAUGCUCUUCAUUGGAGGAAGCAGAGAGCUAUUCGUGACAUUCACAUUUGGAAACCAGGAGAAAAAGAUAAAAAUAAAUGUAUACCUGACUAAAGGUGAAGAAUUCAUCGUCUACAUUCAAAAUGUUCCCAAGGGAUACAUUGUGAACACAAGUUUAGAUAACCUUACAACCUGGGCCACACGCGUUCGAGGUGUCGAUUUGAUUGCUCCGAAAUUCAGUGAUAACUGCACCAUUCUUAAGUGCGUAGCCGUAAGUAUACAAGGAAACUGUUAUAUUGAAAUAUAUACACGUGUAUGGCAAUCGUUUGUAAGCCGUUCAUGCUUUAGUGCACGAAUGCGACGCCCCUUUGACCCAACGCCCGUGAAAGACUCGCACGUCAGCGUCUCACACGUUAAAAUGAAGUUCAAACUAUCCUUCGUAAAUAUGGCACGUAGAGCAUUAGUUGCUAUAGUAACGCCGGACGAGAUCAGAAAAUUUGCAAUGAAUUCGCAGAUUAGGAAGAGAACAAGAUUAUCCGCUGGUCAGAUGGUCAGUUUGUAUGUGCGUGGAUGUUACGAUAUUUAUUUACGAGACGCGUAUUCAUUCAUGAAUGAGUUCAAGUUAACUUCAGAGCUAUUACUUCGGAAAGCACAUUCCCUUCGUUUCUAUUUCUCUUUUUUUUAUUACAGGAGUGUGGUCCGGUCACCGACUAAAAAUUCAGAUGCUGUUUUCUUAAUUGCUAGAUGAGUGCUUUGAAAUUUAUAAGAAGUCCUUUUGUCGAAUAAAAAUGAAUACCACACGUGAACG